GCCGCGUUACACAACCGGCCGCCGCCACCGCCGGGAGUUUCACAAGUCCCGUCGCCGCUGCCCGCAGCCCGCGCCCCCCGUGCUGCCCCGGACCCGCCGGCACCGCCACCGCCCGCCCGCGCUCAUGCCAUGUCCCCGCCGGGCUGCGGGAGCCCGCGGCCAGCGGUAACCCCUGCGGCCGGGGGGGCACCGCGCCGGGGCUGGGCAUGGCACUGAGAGCCGCUCCGGGACGCGCAUCUCCUUCCCGGACGGAUUAAUUGUUCUCCGUCUCUAUUUACAUGGUGAUAAGAAGUGCUCAUCCCACUCUGUCAGUCUGGACUGAUGAAUCUGAGGAAUAGAACAGAGCCCUGUGUUGUGUAAACGAACUGAUGGAUGAAGAUGAGAAGGACAGGGCAAAGAGGGCAUCACGCAACAAAUCUGAGAAGAAGAGGAGAGACCAGUUCAAUGUCCUCAUCAAAGAGCUCUGCACCAUGCUGCAGGGCCACGGCCACCCUCUCAAGAUGGACAAGUCCACGAUCCUGCAGAGGACCAUCGACUUCCUGCAGAAGCAGAAAGAAAUCACAGCACAGACAGAAGCCUGUCAGAUUAGACAAGAUUGGAAGCCUUCAUUUCUUAGCAACGAGGAGUUCACCCAGUUGAUGUUAGAGGCACUAGAUGGCUUUCUCAUUGCUCUGACCACUGAUGGGAUUAUUAUUUAUGUAUCUGAUAGUGUUUCAUCUCUGCUAGGACACUUACCGUCAGAUUUGGUGGACCAAAAUAUAUUGAAUUUUCUGCCUGAGGGGGAGCAGAGCGAGGUGUACAAGCUCCUUUCUCCACACGUGCUCAUGACAGAUCCCGUUGCAGCUGAUUUCCUAAAUGUGGAAAAACAAAUAGAGUUUUGUUGCCAUUUAGCAAGAGGCAGCUUAGAUCCAAAUGAACCCCUGAUGUAUGAAUAUGUGAAAUUUGUAGUGGAUUUUAAAUAUUUUACUCAUGUGCCUACACCCUCCUGUAAUGGCUUUGAGUCAGCAAUUGCACGAGCUUUCAGGUCAGCCACGGAGGAGCAGAUCUGCCUGGUGGCCACCGUCCGUCUGGUCACGCCCCAGUUCCUGAAGGAGCUCUGCAACGUUGAGGAGCCGUGUGAAGAAUUCACAUCCAGGCAUAGUUUAGAAUGGAAGUUUUUAUUCUUGGACCACAGGGCUCCACCCAUUAUAGGAUAUUUACCCUUUGAGGUGCUGGGAACAUCAGGGUAUGAUUAUUACCACGCAGAUGACCUGGAGCUCCUUGCUAGGUGCCAUGAACACUUGAUGCAGUUUGGAAAAGGCAAGUCCUGCUACUACCGGUUCCUGACCAAAGGGCAGCAGUGGAUCUGGCUGCAGACACACUACUACAUCACCUACCACCAGUGGAACUCCAAGCCCGAGUUCAUCGUGUGCACUCACCUGGUCGUGAGUUAUGCAGAAGUUCGGGCCGAGAGGAGGCGAGAUCUUGGCCUUGAAGAGUCAUCAAUUGAACUGGCAUCCUCUUCUCUAAAGAGCCACAGCAGCUUCCUGGCCGUGGGGCCGUGCGGCAGCCAGGACGCCGGCCGGGAGGGAGUGUCCCUGUCCUCGCACAGCUCCCGCUGCUCCUCGCACACCACCCUCUCCAACUCCACCUCCACGUCCUCGGUGCGGCGCACGGACAGCAGCACUCCCACGCGGCCCGCGGCGCCGGGGGACAAGGCAGCCCUGAGGCUGGCAGCCACGGGGGGCACGCAGGCCCCAGGCACUCCUCAAGCCCCUGGUGAGCUCCUCUCUCAGCACCCCGUGGCUCAGCUGGCCGUGCCCUCCCAACACCCUGUCAUGCCAGUGUACCAUUUCCCCUCCCAGCUGGGCAUGAUGCACCAGCUGAAGGAGCAGCUGGAGGAGAGGACUCGCAUCCUGCAGGCUGACAUCAAAACACAGCAAGAGGAGCUCCACGUCAUCAAGGAGCAGCUGCAGCUGGUGCAGGACUCCAACCUGCAGAUGCUGAUGCAGCAGCCGAUCCCCCUCGUCUUCAACACCGUGCAGCAGCCCAGGACCCCCAGGCAGAGCCCAGCCAAGAAAUCCCAGCAGCCAGCCCCCGUGGGGACAAAGCACUACUGCAGCACCCCCCUGCUGUCACCACACCCAUUCCUCAGGGACCCCUGUGGCACAGCCCCCCAGGCACAGCAGCAGAAGCAGCAGCACCCAGUGAGAGGCAGCCAAGGCCAGCAAACGUGUGUGCCAGGGCAGACGAGCAUCUCAGUGCCCUUCUACAGCAACCCCGUGGUGUUCUCCCAGGCACACCCCAUCGCCCUGGCUGCACAGGAUGAGAGGCAGCCACCAGCUGAGUACAGCCAGGACAGGAGCCUCAGGAUGCUGUUGGAUCAGUCCAUCCAGGCCAUGAUGCCCACAGCCAACAGCAGUUGCCAGCCCGUGCAGAGCAGUGCCAGCAGGCAGCAAGGAAAGUUUGGUGCAGAGCAGCAGGGCCUGCCCGCCCCGGUGCAGGCACAGCCCCGCAGCGCCGCGCGGGCGCCGGCCCCACCGCCCGUCCUGGUCCCACACCCCGGGCUCAGCCCCCACCAGGCUGGCACCCCCCUGCACCUGCACCAGUGGCCACAGCAGCAGCUGCAGCAGCACCGCCUCUACCUGCAGAUGCAAGGCUCUGAGCUGGUGCCCGGGGCUCCGGCGCAGCGCGCUUUCCAUCCGCCCCACGCCCCGCAGCAGAACCCCCUCAGCUACUUCCUGCACCCGCAGCAGCAGCAGAGCCACCACACGCAGGGGCAGCCCUGCAACCUGCCCGACCUGCCCGAGAUGCAGCUGCCCUGAAGGUCUGUCCUGGGACACCACGAGGAGCACACGGCUGCAGGAGAGCCGCGGCAGAGCGCGGCGCCGCCGGCGCGCGGCACGGAGAGCUCGGGCUGCCCGGGGAGCUGGUGGCUGCAGGGGUGACCCUGGCAGGGCUGCAUGGCUGCAAGGGCCCCGUUGGUUGGGAUUUGCAUGCAGCCAGCUCCAGCAGGCUGCUGUUCCAGCAGCGGGGUGUGCCCUGGGCCAGCCCUGGUGCCACUGGAAGGGGUGGCACGCUCGCUGCAGGGAGCUGAGGUGUGUCAGGCUGUCACGAAGCUCGGUUUGCAAUGGAAAAAAAAAAAACUUUUCCAUUCAGGACUUCAAUGCUGAAAGUCACUGUGAAUUUAAGCCCAGCAUUUGGAGCACAUAGACUGUACCAGUCCGCAGGACACCGUUGGAUUACCGUGUACAUAACUCGUUUUGCUGUAGUAGGUCCAUUGUGAAUUCUUUUUCCUUUUUCUAUACCUCAGUCCCGCAGGUUUUUUUUCCAGGAGUUUGGAUAAUGCUGCUAAUUUACAUAACACCACUUUUGCCUGAAUUUCUUACUGUUGUUAUACCAGCUCACAUCGCAGCUAGUACAAUAUUUGUCAAGUUUUAUUUUUGGUUAACAAGUGAAGAAAAAUUUGUAUGGUUUUUAAUCCCUGUAGCCAAAUAUUUUUCAGGUUACAGACAAAGAAUCUUUACUCUUUUUUUUUUUUUUUUUUCCAAGUGAGGUAGUUGUAUAUGUUUCUAUACAUAAAAACAAACAAACAUGCAUAGAACAGCAUAUGACAGCAAACUUUGUGGUUUUGCUAGGUCAUGUUUCAAUUUGGCAAAUCCAAAAUGUAUAAUCACAACACACGAUGUUACAAGCCCGUAGGGUCAGCAAUAAAUUGUAUUUUUGUAAAUUGUCACUUUUUAACUGUAAGUUUAUAUUCAUGAAUUGAAAAAACAGUUUAUUCCUCAGUGGGUGUAUAGUUAAGUGUCCCUACUGUUUUUUGUCUUUCCAAAGGAAAAACUAAAAAGUACAUUUUUGAAGUGUUAGUAGCCGAGUACUAACUUUGGGCACUGUUAGAGCCCAAAUGUAGAUGGGUUUGGCCAUUACUAUAAACUUUGCAAGGCAGUGGGUGGUUAGGACCAGGACUAGCAGUAAAGCUCCAGCUGGCAGACAGAGCAAGGUUUAGAGAGGAGUUAAUUCCUGAUGUUUAGUUCCUAAUGUCUGUUGAAACCAAGCCGAGAAUGCUUGGUUUUGCCUUUUUUUUUUUUCUUUUUUUUUAAAUGAUGUUUUGGGGUGGUUUUUGUUUCCUUCUUUUCUUUCUGCAAGCCACUUUCUGGGCACUGCAGCAGCUGGCGUUCCUGGCAUUCCUGGUGUUCCUGGUGUUCCUGGUGGAGCAGUUUUUGGCACAAGCAGCUGCCAGCAGCCCUGUGUCUCAAGAAAAGGGCACAGCAGGGCUCCUCCAGCCCUGGCACACCCAGGGCUGUGUCCCAGCAGCUCUUCCUGGGGAAGGGGAUGGAUUUUUGCUGUGCCACAUUGCCCAGGGGAUGUGGCAGGGGGAGGACAGGCUGCUGGGGCUGGGGUCAGCGUUCACAAGGCCCUGGGGUGCUUUGGGGUUUGGGGCAGGGCAGAGGUGGAUCUGUGAAUAAAAGCUGUGCCAAGCCCUGGCUGUCCAUGGGUCCCCUCACUGCUGGCAGGGGGAUUUGGAGCACCUGGGGCAAUCUGGAGCUGAAAUAAGAACACCUGGGGCUCUGCAGGUUUGUUCUGUAGUAAGGACCAGCACAGAGCCUUCAGGGUAAGGAAACUUUUGUUUUUAAAGCACUGUUAGUUUUAGGGUCUCCCUCUCCCCACUCUAAGGCAGCAGUGGUGCUCACGAGGACGUGGUGGGAAGGGGUUUUAUUUUGGGGAGUUGGUUGUGGGAUUUUUUUCCACCACAGCCUUGGCACAUAACAUUAGAGGGGAGGCAAACACACAGAUCUGUGUUAGUGCCCCAGCACUGCACAGUUUGUGGCUCAGGGUGGCUGCCUGGAGGGAAAGGCUGUGAUUUCCCUGGCUCCCCCAUUAAACCUGCAUCACCCCAGCUCAUCCCCAUGGCUGGUGUGCAGUGUCCCCUCAGCACAAACCCAGCACUGGCAUCAAAUGGAUCCCACAGGUGCUGGUGGUUGCUCAGGGGCUUGAGGGGGGUAUUUAUUUAUUUAACAGGGCUUGGCAGGGAGGCAGCAGAGGCAGAGCAGUUUUCUGGCAUUGCUGUGGCUUUGACAGUGAAUCCAAAAAAGAAAUAAAUAAAUAGGGUUGGGAAGGGGUUCUGGGGGAGGUGGGUGCAGCCCUGGGCACUGCCCUGCUGAUGGGGGGCACAGCCCCUGCUCCCAGCCCCUCCCAGAGGAGCACAGGAGCUUGGUGAGGAUGUUUACAUGUUAGCUCAGCCUUGCUAAAAGCAGAGACCUAAAAAUGCACUUUAUCACGAGCCCCCCAAAUUCUGAGAGCCCCCCCAGUGGUCAGCCUGGCUGCUGGGUGGGGGCUGCACAGUCCCAGGCACUCCCUCACGGGCAGUGAGGGAAAAAAUCUCAUUUUCUCAACACCUUCCAAAAGACAAAAUCCCACCCACCCUUUCUGGGGCUUGCUUGGUCUUUGUUCAGCUUGCCUCCAACCAGGGGCAAGGCUGAAUCAGGGCCAGGGGGGGGUUUUGCCUUAUUAUUCUCACUCUCCAAAAAAAUCAGACGGGAUUAAAAAAUUCUCUUUAUUCAGGUUGAUUUGUAUUUGUUUACCUCGGUGUUAGCCAUGACCUGUGCUUUUAUGACUCUUUUGGAAUUGAGGGUUGCUGGGGGGUUUGGUUCAUGCCCCCACAGCCACCUACAAGAAAACAGAAGUGUGAUGUGGUGAGGAGCAGAGGGCAGGGACGUGAUCAGGUUGGCCUCCAGUGUUGGUGUUGACCUAUCAGUCAUAAAUAUUCUGAGGUUUUUUAGUACACAAGUACCUAUAUACUAUAAUUAUAUAUAGAUAUACGUGGGUUUAAUAUACAUGUAUAUGUAUGCAGAUGUAUAUCUAUAUAGAAAUAGAUAUAGGCCACACAAUUCCAGACCUCUGAAAACACAGGCAGCUUUAAAUAAUAAAGUCUUGCACUUUUAGCAUAUUUGUACAUAUAAGCUAAAGCCUGGUGGGUAUAAUCAGGCUGAUUUGACAAAUAUAAUGAGAAGUUAUUGUAUAUAUUGUAUACAGUCCAUGCAAGAAAAGAAAAGAAGAAAAAGUCUAGAAUUGAGUAUAAAUCUUGGUUUAUUUUAUAUGAUGUUGAAUAUAAAUACAUUUAUAAAUGUUACUAUUCUUAAAAGUAUUUUGUAAUGGGAAAAAGUAAGUGUCUUAUGAAGAUGAACAGUAAAGAUUUUAUUCUUGUUUUAAAUCUAUGUCCCUGCACAGCUCCAUUGAAUGGGAGCCCAUGCAUUUUGACAAGCUUUAAACAGAUUGUACAUAGUAUUUAAAAAAAAUUAUGAAGAAAUAAAAUAAUACUUGUAGGACCUCUUA